UUGUAUUAUAAGGUGAGAAUCUGGGAGAAAUUUGGAGUUUUUUGAUACCGAAUAUGCGUCAGCUAAGGUUUUGCUGACGCGUUUUUUGUAGCCGCGGGAAAAUUUCCUUUUUUUUUCGUAGAAAAUAUGUUUUCCGGCUCAAAUUUUGUGCUGAAUCUUGUGGAAAAGCUGAAAACUGCUGAAAAUAAGGCUUUCCAUGAUUUUCAGCACAAAAAUUUCAGCCAGGAAACUUUUUUGGAUGAAAAAAAGUCAGCUAAACAUUUGCUGACGCAUUUUUUGUAGGUUGGGGAAAUUUCCCCUUUUUCUCGUAGAAAAUAUGUUUUCUGCUUAAAUUUCGCGCUGAAAAUCAUGGAAGUUCUCAUUUUCAGCGAUUUUCAGCUUUUCCACCAGUUUCAGCACAAAAUUCUGAUCUAAAACAUAUUUUUAACCUGAAAUUAAUUUUUUCUCAAAAAAUUUCGAAAUUUUUGGUUAAAAAAAGUUUCCAGGCUUAAAUUUUAUGCUGAAAAUCAUGAAAAAGCUGAGAAUUUCUGAAAAUGAGCAAUUCCCUCAGUUUCAGCGCAAAAUUCUGAUCUAGAAACAUAUUUUUGACCUGAAAUUAAUUUUUUUCAAAAAAAUUCGGAAUUUUUUCUUCAAAAAAUUUUCCCGGCUGAAAUUUUGUGCUGAAACUGAAAAAAUCGCUGAAAAUCACUGAAAAUAAGGGUUCCCACGGUUUUCAGCGCAAAAUUUCAGGUAGCACACUAUUUUUCUCCAACCUACAAAUUAUGUGUCAGCAAACUAUUUUGCUGACGCAUAUUUGGUGUCUAAAGAUUCAGAAUUUCACGUAGAUCAUGAAUUUGGCCACAAAAUCUACCGUACUCCUGACAAAAAAUCGAAUUUCAGGUCGAUUUUUCAAGCUCCUCCCCCUGCUUAGCCAAUUCAUCCACUUCAAUCUAUGAAACCUCAUCAAUUUCAACAUUUCUACCAUUUUCGAAUUUCAACUACCGUAUCAAAUUGCCACGUCAUCACCUGAAAAUCCACGAAAAAAUGCUGAAAAUCCACGUGGCUCAUCAAAAAUUGGCAAAAACCCAAAAAACCGCGGAAAAAUCGCUGGUUUUUCAGGUUUCCGGACCUUCCGGAAGCGGAAAACGCCUGAUUUGCCGCCUGUUUUCCGCGUCAACGCAUCGCAAUUUUGUGGAAAUCGACGGAUUUCAGCUGAUUUCUGAAAAUCCCGAAAAAUCCGAGCUGAAAAUUUCGGGGAUUUUUGAAAAAAUCUCGAAUUUUGGAGGUGGCAAAUGUGUGGUUUAUUUGAGAAAUUCCGAUGUUCUCGCUUUUGAUCAAUUUAAUGGAAUUGGUAAGGUUUUUCAGCUUUUUCAGCGUUUUCAGCAUAAAAUUUCAGCCUGGGAACUUUUUUAGCUGAAAUUUUUCUUGUUAUAUCCUCUCUCCUUAUGCAUAGUAUAUAAUGAGUUUAUUGAUGUUACAUAAGAAUAUAUAUAUAAAUAGUAAAAGCUACAUGGUAAUUACUGAUAAUAAACUGAUAAUAGAAUGCGCUACGCUACUUAUAUAUGGGUUACUGUCUCCUCCUACUACAUGCCGAUUUUCAUUAGCUGAUGUCCUCAUCACUCAAAUCGCGAUUUUCACACUCUUCUUCACUCGCGGUGAUCUUCUGAGAGUCUGGGUUUGUGGCUCUCUGUCCUCGAGUUCUCCAUCGCUUUUCUCCUUUUCUUCUCUUCCGGAUUUUUUCAGUAGCCGAUGUCCUCAUCGUUUCUGGCAAUCGUCUGCAGUCGGUUUUUGAUUCGGAUGUGGUGUUCAAUUGGUCCAUUGAAGUUGCCGAAUUUCCCAUCUUCGUUAAAAAAAGAUAGUUUCUUCUGGAUGAUGAGUUGUCGAAGUAUCGCUUUGUUCUCUUGCGAGAGAAUACAUUUUCUCAGAUCGAUUUUGGAUUUGAAGUCUUCUUCUGAUUUUGCGAACUUUAGGAUGUUUGCUUCCCAAUUGGCUUCUUUUGAUCCCGAGUCUGGUUCUGCGUUGUUGUCUUUCUUGGAGUAGACGGUCGAGGAGCUUUUUUCGGUACGGUUGGAGUGUGAGGAACUUGUAUUUCGGCAAUUCUGAAAGAUCAUAGUGUGGAUCUUUCAAUGUUCUCGAGGGUGAGGACUUUUCGGCAUGAGGCGCCAGAGACAAGAAAAAACAAAUCUUAGUAUUCUAAGUGUAUUGGUAUACCUAAUGUAUUGCUAAUUUACUAUGACUAAAGUUAAGAAUAUAUUAUGCAUUAAGAAGUGAAGGUAUAAAAGUGUAGCUUGUAUGAUCACCAUUCGCUGUUAUAUAGUAUGCUUAUCAGGGGGCGGAGCUUCAGAGGAAAGUAAUAAAAUCAAGUGAAGUAAUUUUGUUUGCGUCAAUAAGGUUGUAAACUAAUAAACAAAAUUGUUGAUGUUGCAAUUUUUCCCUGAUUAUCUACUGUUGAAUAUGCAUUUUACGCUUAUCUUUACAAUGGGUGGCUCCAUUUACUAUCCUAAUUGGUUGGUGAUCUUUGGGCUCAGUUCUAGGACUUAUGACAAAUAGACAAAGAUUACAACCUGGUGAUUUCGCUAUCGGGAACUGUUGAUUGGUCCAAGUUGGUGUAGACCAUGGUGAAAGAUUUCAAUAUUUGUACCCCACUCGGACAAAGGCAAGUCGAUAGAUUGGUCUGCAGUUCCAUUCCAUCUGUGGUCUUCGUGGGCGGGUUGCUAUCCCAGAUCUUUCGGUGUGCACGUUGAUACUUUUAUAAUAUUUCAACAGUCAGUUUUCCCAUUUUCCAUAAUAUUUUCCAAUUUCCAUAUUAUUUCAAUUUUCCAUAUCGAUAUGUGUUGUUUGAUAGCCCAAUAGUGAGUCCAGUGUUGAUCCUGUCGAGUUCGUGUGGAACCUCCAUGUUAUAUCCUCUCUCCUUAUGCAUAGUAUAUAAUGAGUUUAUUGAUGUUACAUAAGAAUAUAUAUAUAAAUAGUAAAAGCUACAUGGUAAUUACUGAUAAUAAACUGAUAAUAGAAUGCGCUACGCUACUUAUAUAUGGGUUACUGUCUCCUCCUACUACAUUCUGAAAAUUUUGAAUUUUUCAUUAAAAAAUUAAUUUCAGGUUGAAAAAAUGUUUCUAGACUGGAAUUUUACGCUGAAACUCGUGGAAAACCUGAAAUUCGCUGAAAAUGAGGAUUUCCAUGAGUUGCAGCACAAAUUUUCAGCCUGGGAACUUUUUAGCUGAAUUUUUCUGAAAAUUUUGAAUUUUUUAUCAAAAAAUUAAUUUCAGGUCAAAAAAAUGUUCCUAGGCUGAAAUUUUGUGCUGAAAAUCAUGGAAAUCUUUAUUUUCAACGAUUUUCAGCUUUUUCAGCGUUUUCAGCGCAAAAUUUCAGCCAGGACUGUUUUUUGGCUGAAAAAAUCUGAAAAUUUUGAAUUUUUCAUUAAUUUUUGGUAAAAAUAUGUUUCUAGAUUAGAAUUUUGUGCUGAAAAUCAUGAAAAUUGCUGAAAUUGAGGAUUUCCAUGAGUUUCAGCACAAAAUUUCAGCCAGGAAUGUUUUUUGGCUAAAAAAAUCUGAAAAUUUUGAAAAAUAAUUAAUUUCAGGUCAAAAAAAUGUUUCUAGACUGGAAUUUUGUGCUGAAACUCGUGGAAAACCUCAAUUUCAACGAUUUUCAGCAUUUUCACGAUUUUCAGCACGAAAUUUCUGCCUGGGAACUUCUUUAGCUGAAAUUUUUGGAAUUUUUUUGAAAAAAAUUAAUUUCAGGUUGAAAAAAGUUUCUAGACUGAAAUUUUGCGCUGAGUCUUGUGGAAAACCUGAAAUUCGCUGAAAAUGAGGAUUUCCAUGAGUUGCAGCACAAAUUUUCAGCCUGGGAACUUUUUUAGCUGAAAAUUUUGAAUUUUUCAUUAAAAAAUCAAUUUCAGGUUGAAAAAAUGUUUCUAGGCUGAAAUUUUGUGCUGAAAAUCAUGGAAUUGCUCAUUUUCAGUGAUUUUCAGCAUUUCCAGCGUUUUCAGCACAAAAUUUCAGCCAAAAACCCCAAAUUUUCCUUCCAGAUAGACGAAUUCUUCACCACCUCGAAUCAAAACUCUCAGAACCCUCAAAAUCUACAGUAAUCCUCUCAUGUGUCUCGCAACGAUUGUCAAAAAUGCCCGCGAAAAUCAAAAAUUUGAGUUUAUAUCAAUUUUCGACGGAAUAUUUGGAAGAAUCGGAUCGAUUCGAGUAUUUUGAGCAUUUUUUGGGUAAAAAUGUGAAAUUGGCGAGAAUUUUGGCGAAAAAAAACGAAUGUGAGUUGAGUUUCAGCGAUUUUUGACUGAAAAUUUGAAUUUUUCACGAUUUUUUGAGCCGGGAAGUGAAAAAAUUGAAAAAAAUGCGAUUUUUUGACCAAAAAUUAAAUUUUUUUCAAAAUUUUCAGAAAAAUUUUUCCCAAAAAAGUUUCCUGGCUGAAAUUUUGUGCUGAAACUCGUGGAAAUGCUGAAAAUUGCUUAAAAUAAAAAUUUCCAUGAUUUUCAGCACGAAAUUUCAGUCAAGAAAAUCCACGUGGCAUAGUUUUUGGCUCAAAAGGUCCUCGAUCAAAUUUGGGCUCAAAAAAAUGUUUUUUUCAUCCCCAAAAAUAGUCCCAAGCCUAACAAGCCUGAAAAUCGAGCACUACAAGCCUACUGAGAGUUUUGGGCUUGAAAAGAGCUACAUUUUGAGCCCGAAUAAGCCUAGGCUUCGGCCUAGGCCUAUUUGGGCUCAUUUUGAAGCCUCUAAAGCCUCCAGCCCGAAUUCGGGCUCAAAAAAUCGCAAAUUUUUCAGGGAUUCACGUUAGCCGAGCUCGAAAACUUGCUCAAAAUCACAAAUCCGAAAACCGAGCCACAAUUCGAUUUUCAAAUUUCGAAAAGAAAUUCGAAUUUUGCGGAUGCAAUUGGAGCUCCAAAAAUACCCGAUGUAAAAUGGAGUGAUGUUGGAGGAUUAGAAGAAACAAAGAAAAUUGUGGCUGAAAGUAUAAGGAGCAAUUUAUUUUCGACUGGAAAUUCGGGUAGGGCUCGAAAUUUCAGCCCGGAAUGAUUUUUGGCUGAAAAUUUUCUGAAAAUUUUGAAAAAAUCAGUUUUCUGAACUGAAAAUCGGUUUCUAGACUGGAAUUUUGCGCUGAAAACCGUGAAAGCACUAAUUUUCAACAAUUUUCAGCAGUUGCAUGAUUUUCAGCACAAAAUUUCAGCCUGGAAACAUUUUUCAGCACUGAAAAAAGAUUUUUUCAAAAAAUUUCAGAUUUUUGUUCAAAAAUCGGUUUUUUGAGCUGAAAAUGGGGUUCUAGACUGGAAUUUUGUGCUGCAAAUCAUGGAAAUGCUCGUUUUCAGUGAUUUUCAGCAGUUUCAUGAUUUUCAGCACGAAAUUUCAGGCUGGAAACUUUUAUUCUGAAAAAUUAGAAAUUUUUUGAAAAAAAAAUUAAUUUCAGGUUGAAAAUAUGUUUCUAGAUCAGAAUUUUGCGCUGAAAGUCAUGGAAAUCUUGAUUUUCAGUGAUUUUCAGCAGUUUCAUGAUUUUCAGCACAAAAUUCUGAUCUAGAAGCAUUUUUUCAAUCUGAAAUUGAUUUUUUUUCAAAAUUUUCAGAUUUUUUCAGCAAAAAAACUUCCCUAGCUGAAAUUUUGUGCUGAAAAUCGAGAAAUCCCUCAUUUUCCUCUAAAUUUCGAAUUUUCAGCCGGAAAUCGACGUCUAAAAAGAUCUGGAAUCAUUCUUUGGGGUUCACCUGGUUGUGGUAAAACAAUGAUUGCAAAAGCAGUGGCCACCGAAUUCAAAAUCGCAUUUUUGAGUGUAAAAGGACCCGAAUUACUCAAUAAAUAUGUGGGACAAAGUGAGGAGAAUUUGAGAAAAGGUAAGGGCCGAAAAUUCGGGAUUUUUUGAGCCUAAAUAAGCCUGGGCUCGGGCUUAGGCUUUUGGGGGCCGAAAGGGGCUUUUAAAUGAACCUUUAUAUGCCUAGAGUUGGAAUUUUGUGCUGAAAAUGGAAAAAUAGCUGAAAAUCACUGAAAAUUAAGUUUUCCAUGAUUUUCAGCAUGAAAUUCUGAUCUAGAAACAUAUUUUCAGCUUGAAAAUAAUUUUCGGUCAAAAUUUUCAGAUUUUUCCAUCCAAAAAGUUUCCUAGCUGAAAUUUUGUGCUGAAACUCAUGGAAAUGCUGGAAAUUUGUAAUUUUGAACCAAAAAUUCGGAAUUUUCGAAUUUUUUUUAUCCCGAAAUAUUUACGUUUCAAAAUUUUUAUAGAUUUUGAAGUGAUUUUUGAAAUUGAUGAAUUUCCUUAAAAUAAUAUUUUGAAUGUUUUCUUGACUGAAAUUUUGUGCUGAAACUCAUGGAAAUGCUGAAAAUUGCUGAAAAUAAGCAAUUCCAUGGUUUUCAGCACAAAAUUCUGAUCUAGAAACAUAUUUUUCGACCUGAAAUUAAUUCUAGUUCAAAAAAGUCAGAUUUUUCUAUCCAAAAAAGUUCCCAUGCUGAAAUUUUGUGCUGAAACUCAUAGAAAUCCUCAUUUUCAGCGAUUUUCAGCUUUUUCACGAUAUUCAGAGCAAAAUUUCAGCCAGGAAACCUUUUCCGAGCGCUUUGCGCGAGUGUAAACUGCAAGCUUCCGCGAAGCGGCACAAUCUUCCGCUUCAGCGGCCAAAACUCGGGUUUUGACUGGAAUUUUGUGCUGAAACUCAUGGAAAUGCUGAAAAUCGCUGAAAAUAAGCAAUUCCAUGAUUUUCAGCACAAAAUUCUGAUCUAGAAACAUGUUUUUCGAGCUGAAAUUAAUUUUUUUCAAAAAAUUUCGAAAUUUUUGGUUCGAAAAAGUUUCCUGGCUGAAAUUUUGUGCUGAAAAUCAAGAAAAUCUUCAUUUCCAGCGAUUUUCAGCUUUUCCACGAGAUUCAGCCCAAAUUUUCAGCCAGGAAACCUUUUCCGAGCGCUUUGCGCGAGUGUAAACUGCAAGCUUCCGCGAAGCGGCACAAUCUUCCGCUUCAGCGGCCAAAGUUGGGUUUUUGGCUGAAAUUUUUGUGCUGAAAAUCAUGAAAAUUCUCAUUUUCAGCGAUUUUCAGCCAGUUUUCCAGUUUCAGCACAAAAUUCUGAUCUAGAAACAUGUUUUUUCGAGCUGAAAUUAAUUUUUUAAUGAAAAAAAAAACCAAAUUUUUGGUUCAAAAAAGUUUCCUUGCUGAAAUUUUCUGCUUAAACACAUGGAAAUCCUCAUUUCCAGCGAUUUUCAGCAAGUUUCCCAGUUUCAGCACAAAAUUCUGAUCUAGAAACACUAUAUUUUUGACCUGAAAUUAAUUCUAGGCUUAUUUGGGCUCAUUUUGGAGCUCAUCCCUUGCUCAUUUCAAAAUUUUUCAGUUUUCGAACGUGCCAAACAAGCGUCACCCUGUAUAAUUUUCUUCGAUGAAAUCGACAGUUUGGCCCCAAAUCGUGGAAAAAACGGCGAUUCUGGAGGUGUUAUCGAUCGAAUUGUCUCGCAACUUCUAGCCGAGUUAGACAAACUCCAUCACACGCAAAAAACGCGGAUUUUUGUGAUGGGGGCCACAAAUCGGCCCGAUUUAUUGGACGAGGCCCUGAUGCGGCCCGGUAGAUUCGAUAAAAUGGUUGAAGUUCGGCCUGGUGAAGAUCGAGAAUCGAAAAAAGCGAUUUUGGCGGCGAUUUCGAGUAAAAUGAAGUUUGAAGAUGGUGUGGAUUUGGGAGAAAUUGUGAGUUUUUUUUGGAGGGGCCUGAGAGGGGCCUAGGCUUUUAGGCCGUGAAAAAUGAUGAAUUUUGAGCCUAAAUAAGCCUAGGCUUAGGAUUGGGCUUUUGCGGGCCGAAAUGGGCUUUAAAAUGAAUGAAAAUUUUCGAAAUUUUGUGCUGAAACUCGUGGAAAAGCUGAAAAUCGCUGAAAUUCAAGUUUUCCAUGAUUUUCAGCACAAAAAUUCAGCCGGGAAGAUUUUUUCAGCUAGAAAAUCUGAAAAUUUUUGAAAAAAUUUAAUUUCAGCUCAAAAAUAUGUUUCCCGGCUGAAAUUUUGUGCUGAAAAUCAUGGAAAUCUUUGUUUUUAGCGAUUUUCAGGUUUCUAGUGAUUUUCAGCACAAAAUUUGGGUCUAGAACCUCAUUUUUUCAGAUAAUUUUCAAACCUGAAAAUUUUGAAAACAAAAAAGCUUCAGGUUGGAAAUAUAGUGUUUCUAGAUCAGAAUUUUGUGCUGAAACUGGAAAACUGGCUGAAAAUUACUGAAAAUUAUGAUUUCCACGAUUUUCAGCACAAAAUUUGAGUCUAGAAUGAAAUUUUUUGACCUGAAAUUAAUUUUUUUCAAAAAUUUCAGAUUUUUUCAUCCAAAAAAGUUUUUCCGGCUGAAAUUUUGUGCUGAAAAUCAUGGAAAUCCUCAUUUUCAGCGAUUUUCAGAUUUCUAGUGAUUUUCAGCACAAAAUUUGGGUCUAGAACCUCAAUUUUUCCGAUAAUUUUCAAAACCUGAAAAUUAUAGGUUUCAAAUUUUUUUAGAAAACAUUUUUUGAAAAUUUUCAAAUUUGAUAUCCAGUUUGAACAUACUAUCCUACAAGAUCCUAAAAAGCCUGAAAAUGAGCCUAGGCCUGAAUUUAGGCUCAUUUUGAAGCCAAAAACUAGGCCUAGGCCUAUUUAGACUCAAAAUUCAGCAUUUUCCGGGCUAUGAAAGCCUAUAUAGGCCUAUCUAGACUCAUUUUGAAGCCCAGGCUUUUUCCAGGCCGAUUUGGUGAAUCCAACAAUGUCCGGAGCCCAAUUAUUCUCGAUAAUAUCCAAUGCCGCAAUGCAAGCAAUCAUCGAAAAAAUCGAAUUGGGAAAAAUCGAUGAAAAUGUUCGAAUCUCACAAAAACAUCUGGUUCAAAGUGUUGAAAAAUUUCAUAACAAAACGUUUUGA